UCACGCCAGGCUCUCUGUGUCCUCCAACAUGACCUCCUACAGCUCCUCCGCCCAGACCGCCUCCUCUUACCGACGCACCUUUGGUCAUGGAACCUACGCCUCACCCUCACUCAACCGAUCCCUGCUGGGCCACAGCGGCGGUGGCGGGGGUCACGUCACCUCCAGGGUCUAUGAGGUGACCCGCACCAGCUCCACACCAGCUUACCGUGUCUCCUCAAGCUACUACGGCAAGCCACUGAUGACCUCUCGGGCAUCCAUUGGGCGCUCUUAUGCUGGCAUGGGUGAGACACUGGACUUCAGCCUGGCAGACGCCCUCAAUCAGGAGUUCCUCACCACGCGGACCAAUGAGAAGGCUGAGCUGCAGCACCUGAAUGACCGUUUUGCCAGCUACAUCGAGAAGGUCCGCUUCCUGGAGCAGCAGAACCAGGCGCUGGUAGUGGAGGUGGAGCGCCUGCGGGGCCGUGAGCCCACACGCAUUGCCGACCUGUAUGAGGAGGAGAUGAGCGAGCUGAGGAGGCAGGUGGAGAUCCUGACCAAUCAGAGGUCGCGCAUAGAGGUGGAGCGAGACAAUCUGGCUGAUGACCUGGACAAGCUGAAACUCAGACUCCAGGAAGAAAUUCUUCAGAAAGAAGAAGCAGAAAACAACCUGGCUGCUUUCAGAGCGGACGUGGAUGCUGCCACUCUGGCCCGUCUGGACCUGGAGAGACGCAUCGAGACGCUGCAGGAGGAGAUCGCCUUCCUGAAGAAGAUCCAUGAAGAGGAGAUCCGUGAGCUGCAGGCCCAGAUGCAGGAGACGCAGGUCCAGAUCCAGAUGGACAUGUCCAAGCCAGACCUGACGGCGGCACUGCGAGAUAUCAGAGCGCAGUAUGAGGGCAUCGCCGCCAAGAACAUUGCAGAGGCUGAGGAGUGGUACAAGUCCAAGGUGUCCGAUCUGAACCAGGCGGUGAGUAAAAACAACGAGGCACUGAAGCAGGCCCGGCAGGAGACCAUGGAGUUCAGACACCAGAUCCAGGCCUACACCUGUGAGAUCGACUCCCUCAAAGGCACAAACGAGUCCCUGAUGAGGCAGAUGCGGGACAUGGAGGACCGCCAUGGACGAGAGGCCGGCAACUACCAGGACACCGUCGCCCGGCUGGAGGCGGAGAUCGCCAACAUGAAGGACGAGAUGGCGCGCCACCUCCGCGAGUACCAGGACCUACUCAAUGUCAAGAUGGCGCUGGAUGUGGAGAUCGCCACCUACAGGAAGCUGCUGGAAGGAGAGGAGAGCAGGAUUGCCUUGCCUGUGCAGACCUACUCCACCCUGAGUUUCCGAGAGACCAGCCCUGAGCAGCAGCGCUCCUCUGAGCUGCAUUCAAAGAAAACUGUCCUCAUCAAGACCAUCGAGACCCGUGACGGAGAGGUCGUCAGUGAGUCCACGCAGCAGCAGCAAGACAUCAUGUAACAGCCUGCAGGAGAAGAGAAGAAGAAACUAAACAAACAUCUGUCCCUGCCUGAGAUGGACACAUGAAGAAGAUAAAGAAACAAGCAAAAAAGAA